AAUGUCUCCAUUACAAGGGCUAAAGCUCUAUUAAUCAUGAUUGGAAAUUCCAUCAUCCUACGAAAAGAUCCAAAUUGGUCUCGAUUUUUGAAGUUUUGCUGUGAUAAAGGUGGUCAUCGUGGCUUCCAAGCGGAUGACCUUGAAGAUCUGGAUGACACAGAACUUGCAGACCUUUUUGGAAACCUGAAAGUUAAUGAACCACAACCUUGUGAGCCGAGUGGCGAGAGCGUAGUACAGCAGCAGGGGGAGCCAGCAUGGAGACAUGAACAUUAACUUAUCCUUGCUGAUGAUGACACUCAUAGGAGAUCUGCACAUAGUCCUAUCUUUGCUUUUGGACUGAAGCCUGCUAUAGUCUUUAUAUAGGUUUCAAUUCAGUGAUGUCUAGCCCAACCAGUCUUUAUUUUAUUUUUAAAUUUUUUUUUGACUGCAUUAAAUUAUACGUGCUUUUUCCAUGUAAAAUGUCCUCUUAAUAAGUUAUUGAAAAUGUUAUUUGUCGUUCAAAGAACAGGUGUAAUUCUCAUAGCAAGAUCAACCACAUUUCUCAGACUCCAAAGCUGGAUAGUUUAUCUCUUAUAGAAGCCUAUUUGUCUGUGGGUUUGCUGUUUCUUGUAGGAAGCUGGAUGAACUUAUGUGGCCUGAAUGGUGGUCGCCAAGCUUUCCAUAAAUAUACGAUCUAUAUAAGACUAUCUUCACACUUGCAGCAUACCAUCAGGGUUUUUUACGACAGCCAUUCAAGUACAUUUGACAUAUACAUAAAUAGUGCAUCUGCAGCGUUAUUCAUGUUUGUAAAAAUGCCAAACUUCAUUAAAGUCAAUGGGGUCUGUCAUAAUUCACCAGAAUCCAUUUGAAAUUCUUUUUUUUUUUUUUUUUUGUAGAACGUGCCUUAAAGGGAUAGACUCUUGUCAGUAGAUGGGUGUCUGGUAUUACAUCUGAUCCCUAUUCAAGUGCAAUACCAAAUGAAGCCAAUGGACCAAGUGUGGUGCUGCUUCUGAAAGCCGACCCUUUUUUAUAAUCUAGAUAAACUCCAUUAACAGAACAAUAUGACAUACUUUUCACUAGUAGUAAUAUUUUCAUUUAGUAAAAAAAAAAUUAUUUGGCUACACAUUCAAGCAGCCGCAGGAAAAACUAUAUAUUUUUAACAUUCUGAUCCUGAAGUAGAAGUUGAUAUUUUGGCCACCAAUAUGCAUAAGAGCAGCCCAACCAACAAGCUUUCCAUAGACUUGCGGUAACACUCCUUUCAAACGUCAGAGAAUUGGCAAUUUUAAACCAACUUGAUACAAAUUUUACUUAAUAUUUAUUGUAUUGAUCAACAGAGUGAAAAACAAUCUUGAUUGAUUUGUAAUUGUCUUGUCUUUAUCCUUUGGCAAACACAAACCCAGACCUGUUUCAUUGCCUGUGAUGGUGCACUGGGAGAGUCUACACUAUAUUAGAAUGGUUAAUGUCUAGCACACGGGUAUUUAUACUAAAUUUGGUCAAUACAUUUGUGAAUUGUUGUAGAAGAACCAUAACUGUAAAUCACAGAAUUUUAUAUAAUUGAUUUAGAAAGUGGAAUGUCUUAGAUAAUGCUUUAUUUAAACACGAUCUAUCUUUCAUCUCCAAUUUAAAUUAUGGCCUGAUGGCGAUCCUAUUUGAAUUUUAUUUCCACUACUUUCUCCAAGUUUCACGUUUAUUAUUCUAUUAGUUGCACAUAUAUUGAAGAGUCACUAACAAUUAACAAUCAGAUUGGGGGAGGGGACAAGGGGCCUGGAUCUUGAUAUGCAUGUUGUAUUUUGCAACUGAGAAUAUUCACGUUGUCUUAGUUGUUAGUUUGUCAGUUUAUCAGUUGGCUGAAAAAAAAAUUCCAGUUCAUACUGAUAUUUUUAGAUUUGGAUUUCUUGAUUUCUAUAGUAUGUUUUGUACUAAUAAAAGUUAAAAGUGAA